GAUACCGGUAUAAAUUGUCUGUUUCCCACAUUAUGAAAGCGAUAAAUCUCCGUCUUCCAGGAUCUAGCCCAAGUACCGCAACCAAGCGGCUCGAAGGUAGGUCGAUAUUCUAAAGGCUUCGAGUCUGACCGGAAUUUCUUCGCUUGCAGUAAGAUUCACUCUACCUUCUUGAGCACAGGACCACACUAGACGUCUACUUGCGAUUCGUCGGUGCCGCAAUUAAUCCAGAUGUUACCUGUUGCGAUGAAAAGGAACUAGAUACCUGUUACCCCGCAUUCAAACACUUGACUUGCCAACAUAGCUCGUGAUCGGCUGGGGUUAAUUGCGUCCGCCCGUAUAUCACUGUCAGAGAAUCUGGGAACCAUGAGUGCUAGCCUCUUCCUUCCACCUUCUCUGUGCGGCCACGGAUUUCUUUGCAUCUUUUAGCAUUCCCCUUACGAUUUCCUCAUGGCACCCCGCUCUGUAUCCGAAUGGACCAUCGUGGACUUCAUACAUCACGGUCCUUGGUGGACGAAUCGCGGUAUCCUGUUAUUGAAUCUAUGCCUAUUUCUCCCUCUCCUCACGUCGUCCGUGAACGGACUUGACUCGUCUCUCAUUAAUGGACUGCAAAUUCUCCCAGAAUGGCAGGAUUUCUUUGGGCACCCCGAAGGUGUCACCCUAGGUGUCAUUCAGUCGGCGCAAAACAUGGGAGCUUUGAUUUGUCUUCCGUUGACGCCUUUCGCUGCCGAUAUCUUAGGGCGUAGGGCUGCCUUGUUCAUUGGAUCCCUCAUUUUACUAUCCGGAGUCGCAAUUCAGUUUGCGGCAUCGUCUGUGAAAGUUUUCAUCGUUGCCAGGGUUCUACUCGGUUGCGGUCUGGCGUUCUCUACGAAUUCGGCACCUCUUCUCCUGCUUGAACUGGCCUAUCCAACACAAAGAGGGAAGAUCACGUCUUUUUACAACUCAAGCUGGUACAUCGGCAGUAUAAUUUCAGCGUGGGUUUGUUACGGGUCCUUCAUUCAUGCUAAAGAAAGCAUAUGGUCGUGGCGCGUUCCUACGCUCAUCCAGGCCGUUGCACCGUUGUUGCAGGUCUGCUUGAUAUGGUUUACUCCAGAAAGUCCCCGUUUCCUUGUAUCAAAGGGUUACGAAGGAAAAGCAGCGCGCGUAUUGGCCAAGUACCACGCCAACGGCGGAGACGAACGGGAUCCUCUCGUGGUAUUUGAACUCGCACAAAUCAGGCAUGCCCUUCGAAUAGAGGAAGACAUCAACAGAAGUACUUCCUACAUGUCCUUAGUGUCUACGCCUGGCAACAGAAAGAGGAUGAUGCUUGUCCUAGCCAUCGCGAUCUUCUCUCAAUGGAGUGGUAAUGGUUUGGUCUCAUAUUACAUCAACUUGGUGCUUGAAGGAGUCGGUAUCACAAAGCCAGAGACAAAAGCUGCAAUCAAUGGUGCCCUCCAGGUCUUCAACCUUGUUGUCGCAUUGUCUGCUGCUUCUCUUAUCGACUGGGUAGGUCGUCGUAUGUUAUUCAUCAUUUCGAAUUCUGGUAUGUUGGUCGCGUUCGGUUGUUGGACCAUCAUCGAAGCCCUUUUCAACGAGUUCAAGAAAGCGUCUGCUGCAAAGGCUACCAUCCCGCUCAUUUUCCUCUUCUAUUUCUUUUACGGAAUAGCAUACACCCCAAUGCUUGUGGCCUACUCCCUGGAAAUUCUUCCAUACAAAAUUCGAGCCAAAGGGUUCGCUGUGAUGAAUAUUACGAUCAUGUUAACAUCCGCUUUCAAUCAGUGUGUUAAUCCAUGGGCAAUAGAAGCCAUCGGAUGGUGGUAUUACAUCGUUUAUUGCGGGUGGCUUAUCUUCGAAUUGGUGUUCGUGGUAGCCUUCAUAGUGGAAACCAAAGGUCGUACCCUCGAAGAAACUGCUGCAAUGUUCGAUGGCGAAGAACAGCCUCAAGAUUUAGCCAACAUGGGCGGCGAAGCCGCGAUGAGCCAUGGUCUGGCUCUUCAGGAGAGACCAUUAAGCCAUUCCGAUGAUGACAACCACAAGGACGACAUUUUCGAGAGUUCCCGACCUAUGAUAAGGGUAACGAUAGAACACUCGACGAACUCGGGGUAGGAAGAACAAUCUAAAUAAAGCCCUCUCAUUAUCUCUGUAACUUUAUGCUUUGUUUCAAUACCCGCUCCUUGCAUGUGAGUAAUAGUUGAGUUGAAUACUCGUCCGAUGUAUCAUUAGUUUUAACUAGAUCCAUGCCAGUGAUG